AUGCGUACCGUGAUAUUUCUCCUCGCCGUAGGCGCUACAUUUGCUCAAGGGCAAUCCCAAAACUCCGGCUAUGAGGCAGCUGAGGUAAUACAGCCUGCACCAGCACAACCAGCAAGUGCUGACGGUGGAGAUCAACAAGCAUACAACUCGGAUGGUGGAAAUGGCGGAACUAAUGGAGGAUCUCCUCCGGCUCCUCCUCCUCCUCCACCACCACCACCACCACCUGCGCCUGCUCCUGGACCUGUACUGAUUCCUGUUCCUGAACCUGUACCCGCUCCAGGACCAGGACCCAUCCCUGGACCCGGACCAGCUCCAGGGCCAGGACCUGCACCUGGCAGUUACGGAAACGGCAUCGCCCCAGUACCCGCACCCGGACCUGGACCAGCUCCUGGACCUGGACCAGCUCCAGGACCAGGACCUGCACCUGGCGGCAACGGUGGUGUUGCUCCAGGAACUGGAGGUGACAAUGGAAUUGGAUAUAGACGUCGUCGUUUCCGCCUUCGUGUUCACCGUGUGCGCCGUCUUUGA